AUGGAGCAGGGGGGUGGUGGAUAUUUCGUGCACCAGACUAGCCGACCUGUGAUCGAGAUACUUCGGUUACUUUGCGUUUACGGAUACGGCGACAUUUUGGAUAAAUAUACGGAACAGGAGGAUGCCGCCAUCCACCGUAUGGCGGUCAGCCUGGGCGCAAUGUACCGUGCCUCCGAUGACCUCUGGGGGAGCCGAAGCAAUCGCAUGCUUCACGGCCGAAACAUCACUGAAGAUCGGACAUGCGGGAACACUGAAAGUAGAAACGUAGAAGAAGCGACCGGAAAUGUAGCCGUGGACCCGGGUGUGGUGGACCAGAGUGUGGUGGACCAGAGUGUGGUGGACCAGAGUGUGGUGGACCAGAGUGUGAUGGACCAGAGUGUGGUGGACCCGGGUGUGGUGGACCAGAGUGUAGUUGAUCAGGGUGUAGUGAACCAGGGUGUAGUUCAUCCUGAAAGCGCGACCGAUGGCAGCCCGAAAGAGGCCACGUGCGGUUCUUUCAUAAACGGCUUCACAACUACACCCUUCAUCGCUAAUAAUUCUCCAGUAGAUGACGUUAAGUAUAUUGAAGGCAGAGUUGCACCCGGACAGAUCAUCCCCGGACAAGCGAUACCUGGACAGAUUAUACCUGGACCCAUUAUACCGGGUAGAGUUCUUCCAGGUGGGAUUCUGCAAGCACAAGUCUUACAAGACCAAAAAGGACCAAUUUUGCUCGGAUACCGAACCCUUCUUGGAGGUGCUCAGUCUUUGCUCAGAGGUGCGAAAAACGGAUUCGGCGAGGUUACGGGAUUGCCCAUCGGCGCAACGGCUACAGGUGGUUCGGCAGCACCUUGUAAUCAGAGUAUGAUCAGCAGGAUAUGGCAUAGCAAGAAGAAGGAAUGGAGUUCCGGGACACUUCUCACUUCGUUUUUCAAAGCGAGAAAGGCCCGAGCAGAAGAGACCAAAGUACUUCAACAAGCUGUUCACAAGCUAAGUCAAAGUAUCCUGGCCUCGAGCUCAUACGUUCCUAGCAAGGCUGCGAGCAUCGAGCUCUAUGACAACGCUUACGAGCUGUACAGACUCUUUCUAUUUGAUGGAUCAGACGACUGGCUGAGACUGUCAUUGAAUAUUAUACCGUUGUUUCUUAGCAAUAUCAAUCCUCUAUUUGAUGAGCUUCACGUUGCCGACUACCUAUCUAGGACGACGUUGAAGUUACGAUUGGGAAAAGCGCCCCAGAGAGGGCUGAUGGGAUACGAGAUGAGAGAAAGUUUUUUUCUCGAGGACGAAUUCGCAUGGGAGAAGGGAGACACUACAGAGACUCUGGCAUGGUUUAGCACUUUAGUCAAAUCUCUGGCGGCCCAUAUGGUGUACGAGAAGUAUCCAGACGGAGCGGAUUUGGAAGUUAUCUUAAUUUCGAUUGCUAUUCUUUCGACUCAAAAAGAUACUAUGUUAAAAACGCAUGCGCACAACGCGUUAUUACAGCUCCUUCCUCACAUACCGAAGCCGAUGGCUAUGAAGUUCCUUGUCAGCGACCUCAAUGCUUGUUUUAUCCAAUGCUUUAGUCAUAACCUAUUCACCGCCACGUCGGCGCUAAGUCAGAAGCGGUCUCAGUGUCGGUGUGCUCCGAAAUUAUGUUUAUCGUGUGCGAAGGUUCUGAAGUUGGUAGUGGACGACGUAUGUGACUAUGCUUCAUUAUUAACCGAUGUACUGGACUUGUUUGAUGAGGACGUUCAAGUCCGUAUGAUGUCAUCCGUUAUGGCGAUUGUGAUAUUGCCUUUGUGGUUGCGGGCGUGUGCGCGGGACGUGCGAAUUGUGUUGAAGGCGACCAAGAGUCAAGGGUUGGAGCCGCGACCCCGUGCUGCUUCAGUAUCUGUGUUGAAGGAAAAAUCGGACGGUGAGGGUGGUGCGGGCUUACAGGACGGUCGGAGUGAGGCAGCGGGAUGGGCGGAGGCGGGUCGAGUUAAAUUGGUGGAUCCCAUGACUAGUCGAAUACUGUUGGAUUCCUUCUUAGCGCGGUUCGAAUCGUCGUUUCCGGAAUUAGAGAUAAUUUGCGUGUACCUUUUGACAGCUCCGAGCGCUCCCUUAUAUCUCCUUUCGCACACGUUCGGUAUCCCGUUCAUGAGUCUUACUGUUACGGGCAUGGCGAUGAGUAGACACGCUGCGGUACGCGGUCAAGACUGUUGUUGCUGCCGUGUUGGUUCCGACUGCAUUCCAAGCAACUGGUUGAACCUGCGGAGUUCCAGCUGCGUGAGCGAAGGAAGACUGCGCAAACUCCUAAUCUCUCUUGAACAACUCGCCCUCGAUGCCCUCCGCUCCUUCCUCAAGGACCCAAACGACGAACACCCUGCGACUUGGCACAGAACACACAUCUUAACCAACCCCAUCAGAGCCUCCAAAAUCAGCAGCUGGACAGAAGGAGUCCUAUCCAAACCUAGGGAAUACACAUUGGAAAGUGUCACUCAUGCACUGCUCCUACCCGUCGAUAUUAUUCGCUGUCUGCGUGCGACAAAAGCCUACAUGACAGACACGUAUUUGAGUGUCAUGAAACUUGGCAAACCCGUCGUCCACCACAGUGACAGUUCGCUGAAGCACAACCAGGACCACAAUCCACUACACAAAAACUCGGAGUGGAUGGGGGCCCUUCCGGAUUGGAAGAGUCAGUUCGGGAGUCAGUCAACCAUGGGUGGAGAACACUCAAGCGCAGACCGAAUCUAUUUGGAGAUGGAGAUGGAGGACGGCCAGAUGUACCAGAAGGUAUACAACGUGUUAGGUUGGCAUGCACACACCGUACAGGAACAUAGUGUCACACCCACCGGCACGCGAAUGAUCAGCUACCUUCGAGAAGACAUCGAUGAAAACGAAUGGCUCUGGAGUCUGGUCUCAAGCCUGCUGUACUACGACCAGCUCCCGGGGUACCUGAUAAGCCUCCUGUUCGCACUACUGCACGUGCUUACCCAACCCUCGUCCGUUACUAGCAUUGACUUGGACCCUUUGAGUCCCGCCCCCUUGCGGCGGCCGUCGAACCCCUUUGGGGUUUCGGGCCCCUUGGAGGUGGUGCCGUCGAUUCCUGAGUCUCCAGGCAACAGUCAGAGCGCUCCAGGCAUCAGUCAGAGCGCACGCGGGGCCCCGACAUCCGACCAGAAAAUAUCUCAAACCGGCGGUGUGGCGUCCGAAGAACAUCGGAGUACGCCCCGAGGGCAGAGUCACAUGUCUUUCACAAGAGCGAAUCUUCGGCUACCCGUGUCUCAGCAGAUGCCCAAGACUCGCGAAGGAAGCAGACGGGCCAAUUACCCACUGUCUAAGGAACUGCAGGCACGACUUAGCCAAGUCUCUCAACACGCUUUGGACGACCUAUUGCAUCUAUGCGGCCAAUGUGGACGACUGUGUACCUGUGACUCAUUGAUAAACUUGGGUGCAUUAAGGAAAUAUGAUGUUCAGAAGGUUGCGGAUAGUCUGUUCACUAAAGACCCCGAAGCAAUCAAAGAGGCAUCAACGUUAUUUCAUGUAAUUGCGUUGUGUGUUGAACUGGUAGUAAUUGCAUCGAAAAUAAAGAAAAAAAAACUACUUCAUCUCCGGGACAAAAUUAACAGAUUCGUUAAUGGACAGGAACCCGUAUGUUCUUUCUCUGGAACAGCCAACGUUUCUUCACCCGGAAGAGGAAAGGACCAGUCAGAAAAAAAGUGUGCUAAAAACACACGUGCUAACACAGUGCACACUACAAUCGAGAGCAAUCCCCCUGCGAGUCAUUCCAAAGAUAUGUACCAUAAUCGGCUGGGGAUGUGUGAAACGUUGAGCUCCAAUGUUGCCGGGAUCAGCUCGGGAGUUGAGUCUGCCGAAAAUACCGUUUCAGGACUCGUCGAGAAUGUCCGUGGAUCUUCCUUGAAGCAUGCCCAAACUGUAAGCCAUGAGUUUGAUCACUCUGUGUCCGGGCACUUAAGAAGUUUGACGCCUACUAGACGCUCAGCUUCGGACGAGUUGUACUAUCCGUCUAGAACGAACGAGCUUCCGUUCGGUUCGAAUCCUGGGGUUCGAAACCCCUCGUCAUCUGGACCGGAUCCAGGUUCUUCGUCAUCGUUCCUGGAUUCUGCGAACAACAACACUGCGAACAACAACACUGUGAACAACAACACUGUGAACACUGCGAACAACAAUACUGUGAACAACAACACUGCGAACAACAACUCUGUUAACCACAACGCUCCUAUAAGUCAAAUCUCUGAUCGAGGUGCUGGCGACGGGGGUUCUGGUGAGGGAGCCGGUUCAGCUCCCGUGUCUGGCUCGAAAGAUAAGGGUGAGCUGUUAGAGGACUUCCGUCUGGAUGACACGGAACAGGGUCCGGGCGAAAGUCAGAACCACAGCA